AUUUGAUUUAUCUCACAUUACUCAAUGAAACAGGAGAUGACAGAUGACUUUGAUCAUUAUACCAAUACCUACCAAAUCUAUUCCAAGGAUCCCAAGAACUGUCAAGAAUUCCUUGGCACAUCAGACGUCAUCAAUUGGAAACAACAUUUACAGAUCCAAAGUUCACAGUCCAGCCUGGAUGAGAAAAUACACAAUCUUGCAGCCAUAAAACAGGUCAAAGUCAAGCAAUCACAGUGCAUCCUCUAUAUGAUGCCCAAGACAGCCAGAAGACUGCUCCCUUCCCUGCCAGAGGCAAACAACCUUACUCUUAAAACUGGCAAACCCAAAUUCAUUAAUGAAGAGCUGUUUAAACUCUCCUCCCUGGAUGUUACCCAUGCUACCCUGGUGGAUAAAUUCUGGCAUUUCGGUGGCAAUGAGAGAAGCCAGAGAUUCAUCAAGCGCUGUAUUCAGACCUUCCCCUCCUUCUGUCUUCUGGGACCUGAGGGAACCCCUGUGUGCUGGAACCUGAUGGACCAGACAGGAGAGAUACGAAUGGGGGCCACCCUGCCUGAGUACCGGGGCCAGGGUCUAAUAUCCCAUAUGUUGUUUGCCACUACUCAGGCUUUGGAUAAACUUGGCUUUCCUGUAUAUAACCAUACAGACAAAGCCAACAAUAUCAUACAGAAAGCCAGUCAUAAUCUGCACCAUGUCCGCUUGCCCUGUGACUGGAACCAGUGGCAAUGUGUGCCUCUUUGAAGCAGCCCUGAACACAAGGCAGUGUUGAGUGGGUUGGUCCUACAGCAGGAGAAACAUGUGGAUGGAUGCAAAGAAAAAAGUAAUGAUGAUCAGCAAUAAAGCAGUUCAUGUUUUGUGAGCUCUGUAGAAGCAGUGUGGGUGGUCAAGAGGACUGACAUAGUCCCUGCUCAUGAAUGUCCCCUGGGUUCAGCAGACCUGGCAUAGACAGAACUUGCUGUAGUGAACCCUGAUCUUGUUCUGUUUCCUACACUUCUGGAUCUCAGUGAUACUCUUUAUUAAACUGCACACUGCCCUAACACUUCUCCUGGUCUCUUAUCUCCAUGUGGAUUGUUGUUGUCAAUGGGGAAAUUGGACAGGUACAUUGCAAAAAAAAAAAAAAAAGAAAGAAAAA